AUGGAUUACGCUUUCAUGCAGAUAAGUGAGCCAUAAUUGAAAGUGUUUCGGUAUCCUUCAACACUGAUUUCAGGGGUAAAAAGUGUCUAGAGUUUCUUUUUUUAAAGGAAAUAGUGAUUUCAGCCGCAAAUUUCAGAAAAUAAGAGGAAGUGAGUCAAGCAGUUUGAAGUUUAGUUCGCUUCCACCACUCGAUUCCAUUUUGCUCUUGUUGAGCAUGCUGCUCCGAGCCGCUCAUUUUUCUGCCACAUCACAUACACAAGUGACACGAUGAUGGAUGAUUCCAUUCGAUUCCGUCGUCCAACACAUACACCAACAUUCACUCAAACAAAAAAACUCACUUGUUUCAGCGGCCGCAAGUCGUCCGUUCGAGAAGACCGUCGAAUUGGCGCCAAAAUCGCCGGCACCGCCGCGUCCGCCACGUCCCGAAGAGCCGCCUCCGCCGCUCGCCGCGUUUCCCAUCACGUCUGACAAUGAAAAUGGAGUGAGUGAGGGGGGAGGAAGAUGAGUCAAAAACGAAGGAACGGAUGAUUGGGAGAAGAAGGAGGGGGGAGUGGAAAGUGUUAGGUGAACUGAAAUAAUAUUAGAAAAGGGAAGCGGAACAGAGAUAAAGUUCGUGGGAAACCUUUUUGCUGAAAGAAGUGUGAGAGGCAGGUGAGAAGCUUCCAGUUUCCAAGGUUACAGUUGAAACUUAAAGUUAGCUGGAUCUCCAUUUUCUAUUAUUGUUUGGGAAGUACUCUUUUCGAUCCGGACCCGGCAGACCAAAAUUGUCCUGCUCCUUAACAAACAAUGUAGUUCGCAGCCUAAGCAGCUCCAAGCAACAUCCGAGCAGACCAAAAUUGUCGUGCUCCUUAACAAAGAAUGUAGUUCGCAGUCUAAGCAGCUCCAAGCAACGUCCGAGCAGACCAAAAUUGUCGUGCUCCUUAACAAAGAAUGUUGUUCGCAAUCUAAGCAGCUCCAAGCAACAUCCGAGCAGACCAAAAUUGUCGUGCUCCUUAACAAAGAAUGUAGUUCGCAGUCUAAGCAGCUCCAAGCAACGUCCGAGCAGACAAAAAUUGUCGAGCUGCUUAACAAAGAAUGUAGUUCGCAGUCUAAGCAGCUCCAAGCAACGUCCGAGCAGACCAAAAUUGUCGUGCUGCUUAACAAAGAAUGUAGUUCGCAGUCUAAGCAGCUCCAAGCAACAUCCGAGCAGACCAAAAACUCGGUGCUGCUUCGAUGA